AUGCAAAGAUUAAUUGUUUGUGGAGUGGGAGUCUGCUAUAUCUCAAUUGGCCCAUGUUCUUUACACUCAGCAAGGUUUUGCUUCAUCAUAUUUGCCAUAACUCUCAAUUUUUAUACCCAUUCAAUUUGGCUGCUUCUCAUCUCAUUCUCCUAUCGAUAUUACGUCAUAGUCAAAUCCGAACCAGCGAUUUGGAAGACCCAAUCUCUCAUCUGUCUGUUAUAUCUCCCAUCUGCUUUUCAAAUGAUCAAUGUGUACACUCAAAAUGUGCCGGAGGAUGUGGCAAAAAACAUGAUUCUCGAAUACUUCCCGAGUUAUGAUUUGAGUGAACUCACUGUAACUGCAGUCAGUUCGGUGUGGGAUUUCACUGUUCUCUAUGUCACAAUUCAUAUAGUUGGUGUUAGUAUUCCAAUCGCUGUUACAAUAGUGAUAUUAAGACAUCGAAUAAUAACUAAACUCAAUGAAACCGGUCAUGCCACAUCACAACGUUCUAAACAACUUCAGCUUCAACUUCUAAGAGUGGGUUAAUUAAUACGUUCAGUACAUAGUAUUUAUUGAAAAUUGCAGGCUCUAACCUUCCAAGCUUGCAUUCCAGUAUUUUACCUCUGGGGUGGUUUAUGUUUUAUGAUUCAACAAUGGAAUUUAUUGAACAAUGCUCUUCCACAAUACGUCAUGUUUUGUCUCUUUAUCCUGGUACCGAUUCUCAAUCCAAUGUCUUCUUUCAUUUUCAUAACACCCUACCGUAACUUUUUUGUAUCAAGUUUGAGGCGGAAGUUAACAGUAACAUCCACAAAAAUUUCUGUUGUUCGGAGCAGUGAUAUGGCUACAUAA